AUGGCAGAGAACGAUUUCUACCUUAAAAGGUUCAACAUUUCGGUGAGUGCUGUGAAAAAGUGGUUUGAAAAGUUGGGGAAUGAAUUCCCAGAAGAGCUGAAGAGCGAAAAUGUGGUAGAACUAAUCGAGAUACCACUCAGUGACGAGAAGAGCGUAGUCGUCAACCCGUUCUUCAUUUGCGAGAUGAAUAAGCACAAAGUUGUCAAGAUCGUCCCACACAUGGAAACACUCAAACAAUUGACUCCAAAAUACACUGAACAACACAAUCCAACUUACACAUUUAACAGCAAAUUUUAUGAGAUGAGUAGAGGCUUGAUGUAUCAACGCGAAGUCUUUCCAUCAAACAACAACGACGAUCCAGUGUUCGAAAAGGAAGAAGCAAGGAUGUUGGUGGCGAAUCGAGUGAUCAGAAUACUCAGAAAAGACUUCAUCAGAAUCGAAGACCCAAAAGAGGGUGGCCCCACACACAGAUGGAAAAUCGGGCAAAUUCCAAUUGAACUAUUCACACAACUCAUCGACUGUUUGAAUGAGGUUCUCAACACUGAGCCGAUGAUCGUUCCAAUCUCACCACCAGCGUUCGUGAUCGGAGAUUUGAGUGGAAGUUAUGACGAUGUUACGAGGAUUAUGUCGGCACUGCAAAUUGUCCCAACAGGUACAUUUGGUCCAUGCGCCGUUGUUUUGGUUGGAGACUACAUCCCGUUUGGACCGCACCCUCUUGAGGUCUUUGCUAUGAUCGCAGCGAUGAAAAUUUUGUGCUCCAAAAACUUUGUGCUCCUGUCACCACAAUAUCCGCUCAAUAAUUUGCCAAAUGAGAUGAAACCGUGUUUUGAAAUAAUCAAAAAGAAAAUAGUUGAUGAGUAUGGAGACGAUAAGUUGUACGCAAAGAUCACACAGAGCAUAUCAAAUUUCGGAUUAGCAGCGCUUAUUGAUGGGAAAAUUUUGUGUGUUCACAUCGGGCUGCCAGUCAACGUUGCUCUCUCCUCUGACAUGGUUGCCGAAAUGAAAAAAAUAUCAAAAAGAACGUACGAACCGCCUGUCCAGAUUGUGGAAGAAGGUGAUGAGAUGCACCCAACCGAAUUUCUUCCCGAAGAUUUGGUGAUAAGAAACACAAAGUGCAAUUUCAUCAUUCGAGGCGGUAAGUCAUGUUCGCAGUUUUUGUCAAAGCACAAACACAUGAUUUUUCUGAAGAGCAAUUGUCUAAACGAGCCGUCGAAAAGAAACGCUGGUGUUCUGGUCGACAAGGGGAAGAUUCGUGUACUGAUCGUUUCCAAACAUUUCAAUGGACUUGACAGCGACGUGAUGAGCUCUGAAUCGUGCUGA